AAGCGCACUGCUGCAACGGCUCCAAACUGCCCUGAAGCACCUCAAACUUAGCACGUCUACCAAAAACACCAAAUCGUCACCCAUCGCAGCCCAUUUCCCCUAUACCAUUAAUCCAAUCUCAUACUACACACAACUCCAACCAUGCUCUCCUUUAUCCUCAUCCAGAACAGACAGGGCAAGACCCGUCUCGCCAAAUGGUACGCCCCCUACAGCGACGACGAAAAGAUCAAGCUCAAGGGCGAGGUCCACCGCCUCGUCGCCCCCCGCGACCAAAAGUACCAGUCCAACUUCGUCGAGUUCCGCAACAACAAGAUCGUCUACCGCCGCUACGCCGGCCUCUUCUUCUGCGCCUGCGUCGACACAAACGACAACGAGCUCGCCUUCCUCGAGGCCAUCCACUUCUUCGUCGAGGUCCUCGACGCCUUCUUCGGAAACGUCUGCGAGCUCGACCUCGUCUUCAACUUUUACAAGGUGUAUGCCAUCCUCGACGAGGUGUUUCUUGCGGGCGAGAUUGAGGAGACGAGCAAGCAGGUUGUUUUGACGCGGCUGGAGCAUCUGGAUAAGUUGGAGUAGUAGCGCGCGGGAGGGACGCGUCUUUUUUCAAAAGCUCUUUUUUUCCGGCGUUAAAUAUUCCGUCCCUGAUGCUUCUUCAUUUUCCUCUUGGUGAAGAGAAGCGGAAAGGACGGAAGCGAUUGCCAAAUGUACAUAUAAUAUCCAUUUCGCAGCUCGGAGUUGUUAAGAGGGAGGGGACAUUGAUUGGAUUUGAUCAUUUGGGUUCUAUCGCAAUCUAGCAGGGCGCAUACAGUACAUGCGUGCAUAGGGCAGAGCGCGAAGCAUUAGAGCAUUGGCGUUUUGGGCGUCUUGAAGAUUGCGAAUUGGAGCAAUAGGAAUAUAUCGAUAGUCAUUGGCCUGUUUGCGCCGUUGUCUUCUUUAUCUUACUCCCUAAUACCUACCCCUAAAUCCCGUGUCG